AUGAAUUCUCCUGGUAAACUCAUUGAUAUAGAUAGUCCACUGAUCAACUCCUUGAACUCUUCACAGUCAGAAGAUAAUGCCUUAACCUCGAUCAACGCAAUUUCAGACUUAAGACUACCAACGUUCGGCGUUAAUAAUCCCAGAAUCUGGUUUGCACAAAUCGAAGCUUUGUUCAUGGCUAGAGGUAUAAAAUCUCAGGCAACAAAGUAUGCUUAUGUAGUUGGGGCACUCCCUAUCGAGAUUGCUGCGGAAGUCGGAGAUUUAAUCGAUCACGUGCCAGAAGCUGAACCUUAUGAUAAAUUAAAGACAGCCGUAAUCCAACGCACCUCGGUUUCAGAUGAGAGAAGACUGCAGCAAUUGCUAACUUCUUGCGAAUUGGGGGACAAGAGACCCUCGCAAUUACUCCGACAUAUGAAACACUUAGCAGGGCCAUAUAAGGUAGACGAUGCAUUGCUUAAACAGAUGUGGUUUCAACGUUUACCACAGAAUGUCACCCAAAUUCUCAGCAUAUCAGGAACUUCCGUCAAUCUCGACGAUCUAGCUGAUAUGGCUGACAAAAUGAUGGAGAUUUAUCCCGACAGCCAACGUUUGAAUGUACUACAGACCUCUAGUGGAGACACGAUUAGCCCAUCUAACAGCAUCCAACAACAAAUAACACAGUUAACACAACAGCUAGCAGCACUACAAGCGACUAUUUCUACCAUACAUUCUCGACCUGCCAGAUCUAGGUCCAGAAGGAGAUCAGUAUCCAGACCUCGUCUUAGGUCACCCAAACGGACAUCAGAUACUUGCUGGUAUCACGCGACUUUCGGGGAGAAGGCACGCCGUUGCACUAAACCAUGCAACUUUAAAAUAAGCAACUCAAAAGACCAGGGAAACGAGACGGCCAGACAGUGA